AUGCGUAAAGAGGAGAGCGCUUUGGCGUGUACCCACGGGGGAUCUGAGAAAAGAGAUGGGGGCGGUGAUGGAGCUGGGGAAAGGGGUUGGGGGAGCAGCUUCGCCCGCAGUUCGGCGCCGCCGCAGGCACCUCGGCUGCCUUGGCGCGGCCUCCAUCCCGCCCCAGGCGUGUGCCCGGCGGGCCGGUGGCAGGCGACUGGGAGCCGAGCCCGGCCCGGCCGCGUGCUGGCGCCGCGAGGGGGGAGGAGACGCUUGCAGCCGCCGCUCGGCCGCUUGGACAGCGCCCACCCAGGCGCCCUUUCUGGGCCCUCGGCCCUGGCCCUCUCUGGCCAGAGCCUGGUCCAGCUUCGGGGCUCCUUGGGACACGGCACUGCAGGGAACGCGGACGCAGACGGAGCCACGGGUCUCAUCUCUGGGCAGUUUGCCGAAGUGACUGAGGUCAGUCGUGUGUCCCCAUUGUGUGGCCACGUGUCCGGUGUCCAUCAUCACCUCCCUGAAGUCCGAGCUCAGCCCGACUCCUUGCGGCGCGGCCUGGGAAUGCUCCCGCCUAUAAAUCAGCCGGUGGCUGCGAGCCGUCGGCACCUCGGCGCCGCCCUGGACGCCUGCCCCGCCGGCCAAGGGGAAAGUUUGCUCGCACCAGGUUAG